AGAGUAACCAAUGCCUUAUAUUUUCUACAUUCUUGCCAAAUGACUGCAAUGACAACUCAUUCUACUUCCUGGCUACCUGUUCAAACUACAAUUAAGUACUUGAUUUACAACAAAAAUUGUAACCAGAAUCUUGAUCAGUGAACAAAGCAGUCUAAGUGAAAUGCCCAUCUGACUGCUUCAUUCAAUGACCACAAUCCUGUUGCUUCCAGUUGCACUUGUUAAAUAAUCUCCAGAGUCAUCAUGCAGAUGGAGAAAAGUUUCCUGCCAAGUUCAGCUCUUCCAUGCAUGAAAGAGAAUUCUUGCACGCAAUAUUGUUGCAUUAUUUACGUUGCAUAUUUCUUUGUUUUAUUUAUUUAUUUAGCUACCCACUCACUUUCAGUGACUUGAGAUGGGUUACAAAUAAUAAAAAACAUAAUAUAAAAAAGUAAAAACAAUAACCCCCAACUCUCAUCUCUCCCCCAAUAACAAGCAUUCAAACAAACCACUUGAUGGAUUCCCUCCCAUUCUGGUCCAUUGGCAAAACCAGGUCUUUAGGGUCUUGCGAAAGAGUGCCAGAGUGGCAGUCUAAUAUUUACAGUGAUGAUGUUCCAAAGGGAGGGUACCCCUAUGGAGAAGGCCCUUCUAGUCCCAUCAGAUGUAUCUUCUUAGGAGAGGGGACAUUCCUUUCCUCUCUGCUCUGGUGGGUUGAGUAGAUGUAAUCUGGAUGUUAUAACCAUCACGUUCCAUAACAUCAGGGAAGAGACACUCAUCCUGUAAUAGAUUGAUUCUGCCAAAGAAGACGUAGUAGUUGAUGAAGAUUCUCGCUGGAACUCAGAUUUCCAAAUACUAGUCAAAGAUGAGUUGCUGGGUUUGUUUUGCUACUGAUGAGGAUGACAGAACAGCCGAAUGGGUGAGACCGUGCAGAUGUAGAGGCUCUACAAAAUGGGUUCACCAAACAUGUCUACAGCGUUGGGUAGAUGAAAAACAAAGAGGAAACAGUACAGCUCGAGUUGCCUGUCCACAGUGCAAUGCAGAAUACUUGAUAGUAUUUCCAAAGCUAGGUCCAGUUGUUUAUGUCUUGGACUUAGCAGAUCGUCUUAUCUCAAAAGCCUGUCCAUUUGCUGCAGCUGGAAUAAUGGUGGGCUCUAUCUACUGGACAGCUGUCACCUAUGGAGCUGUAACAGUGAUGCAGGUUGUGGGUCAUAAAGAGGGCCUUGAUGUCAUGGAGAGAGCAGAUCCAUUAUUCCUUUUAAUUGGACUUCCCACCAUCCCAGUUAUGCUUAUAUUGGGAAAGAUGAUCCGCUGGGAAGACUACGUUCUUAGACUGUGGCGAAAGUACUCUAACAAACUGCAGAUACUGAACAGCAUAUUUCCAGGGAUUGGAUGUCCUGUUCCUCGGAUUCCAGCUGAGGCUAACCCUUUAGCAGAUCAUGUCUCCGCUACUCGUAUCCUAUGUGGAGCUCUUGUCUUUCCCACAAUCGCCACAAUAGUGGGAAAAUUGAUGUUCAGCAGUGUUAAUUCUAAUCUUCAAAGAACAAUUUUGGGUGGAAUUGCUUUUGUUGCUAUAAAAGGAGCUUUCAAAGUCUACUUCAAACAGCAGCAAUAUUUGCGACAAGCUCAUCGGAAAAUUUUAAACUACCCUGAGCAAGAAGGUGCAUAAAUGACUACAGUAUGCCUGUCAGACUCUUAUAAUCUCAUUUCCUAUAUUCUGCAACAAUUCUAUUAGUUAGCUACAGGAGCCGAGAUUGGAUGAGAUGCUGCUGCAUUUUGUAUCUCUUCCCUUUCCACAUAGACUAAUAAAGGACAAUAUAAUGUCAAGGUGAAUUCUACUUAGUUGUUAAGCUUAAGAAUGUAAUUUGUUUUCAUUAAUGUAUUUUUCUUUGUGGCAGGAGACAUCUGAAUCCAUUUCUUGUGGGGAUAUAUUGCCUUUUGGGGGUUUUCUGAAACAGCCAAACACUUAUGAAGUCAAUAAAUUAUGUGCAGACUGUAUUGAAAUAUCUUUUGUAUGCUCAUUGCAGUAAAUUCAUAACUCUUUGCUAGUCCAAAACUACCUGUCGAAAUAGCCGACAUUUCUAGAAUGUUAAAAACUGAACAUGCCUGUUCUUAAUAAGCACUUGGAAUAUUAACGUAAGUUUUUUUUAUUUAAAAGUUUCAUCCGAUGGUUUACCUUUAGUCCUUUCAUUGUAAGUUGUACUACAUACAAUUGAGUAUCAUUUGCCUGCUGUGAAAUGAAAAAAGUGAAUCACAAUCUGCUUGUAACCAAGCUUCAAUAUUGGAGUUAUUGCUUUGUACCAAUGUACUAUGGAAUCCCAGUCAAAUGAUGGAUAUUAUUAGUUCAAGAUAAAUAUAAAAGUUAGAUUCAAAACCAGGACUGAUAACAUAAAGCUAUAUGUAGAAGUAUUCUGCCUAUACUUCCAAAAGUAUUCAGGAAAUUAUAAACAUAAUAUAAAUUCUAUUUACUAGUAGGGCUUUUUUAAAUAGGAAUUGUUUUAAUAUUUUACUCCUAUGACAUCUGGCACUUUACUUUUGUUUUGAGAAUACAUUUUCUAAGUGUCUUUGAUUUUGAUGGAACCUCCCAGCAAAUACUUGGAGUAAUGGUACUAAUUCUACAUACGCACAUAGUGAAAUCCUUUUCUAGUAAAUGAAAGGGGUUUCUUAGAACAUAAAGAGUUGAGAUUUAGGAAUGAUACUUGAGCGAUCUUUUUCUCGAUACAAGAAAUAAGCAUAUCAGUGUGAAGUCAUAUUUAUCUAUGUAAUCAAUUCCAAUUCCUGGGAUUACUGGUGGCAUUUGUGUCAGCAGCAUUAGAGAACUAGAUAAUGCUAGAUUCAACAGUGUAAUAUUCACUGCAAAUGGUAGAAACUUGUUCUUUUUAAGAAUUGGUAAAUAAUUCUUCAUCAGAAAUUAAACAAACAAAAUGGGCUUCAUGUUCGUUUGCAAUAAUGAAUGCUAACAAAAUAUGAUUUUCUGAAAUGAACAUUAUUUUAACUAUAGAAAUGUACUAUUUUAAAAAUGUAUAAAAUGUAUAUUAUGACCAACUAGUAUUCCAGUAUUAAAAUAUGUGAAGAAAUAUGAAGUAUAGAAUACUAGUUGUAUCUUCUAACUACUGAGAAGAAUUACAAGUUUAAUUCAGUUGGACUCUGGAAUUAGAGAGAGAAAGGGAGCUGUAUUUGCAAACUGCUGGAUUUCUUCAAGGAUUUUCAGUGCUAUAAAUACUUUGUAAAAUUCUUUUGAGGAAAAGUCUUGUGAGUGUUAUUUCUGGUAUAAGCACUAGCCCUUUGUUACCUGCUGGAUUUUUUAAAACAGAUAACACAUAGUCUCAUAAUGUCACCUGGUGCAGUGUGUGGAUUUGAAAUUUAUUCUGUGGUUAAACUUCAGAAACUAUUCUGUAUCUUUGAUUCAAAUGUACUGUGAAUAAUGUGAAAUUAUUUUUAAUUCAGUAGCAAAACCAUUAUUCUUUUGUUGUGUUUAAUGUUUCUGUUGUGAUCACAUAUUGAAUUAGAUUGAAUAAAUUUUUUUACAUUUAAUUGGGGGGCAUUAAAUAUUUUAACGACAAAAAUAGAACCUUGACAACCAUAGUUAACUCUGCUAAUAAAUAAUCUAUAAUAGGUUCCCUCUCUCAGAACUAUUUUGCUGUUCCUUUUAUUUUUAUGACACAAUCUUCAGACGUUUGAGAUGCAAAUAUUCAGAAUUAUGUUGAAUAUUUUGCCUUUUAUUGUUCAGUAGGAACAUGUCACUAUUUUACUUAAUUUUGAUAUGAGUUUUCCAUUGUUCUCUUCCCCAUUUUUUAUCUUAAUAAUGCAUGUCUAAAGUGAGCAAGCCUUCCAUGUUCUGCUUCAGCAUGCCAUGAAACCAUCAUUUGCUUGAAGCUGAUCUAUUUACUUGAAUGGAGGAACCAGCUUGUUAUCAUACUUGAAGGUGAGGAAAACAGGGUUCAAUAUAAUCUUCCACCAAGUAGAAUUGGCCAAUUGCUGAAUUGCUAAGCAGUCGAUCUUGCUUGUUUGCUACAAGUAUUAUUGGGUAAUUCAUUUACAUGAAGAAAGCAUUAUGAUUCUUUUUUAAUUGAGGAUAACUUUCUGACAUGUGACUUUUUGAAAUAAAUGCUUUUGCCAGUUUUAUCUGAAUACAAAUAACU